GAAUUUAAAUUGAAGUAUAUAAAGAAUAUGAAUUUACAAUAUGCUUAUACGAAAAAACGACUGCAAUUUGGUGGGCAGUGUAGCUUUUCAGAUCAUGAAAAUGUAUUAGUAGAUGUUACACCUCAUGCGGGAUAUACAAGUAAUUAUGUUCAAGUAAAUCCUGCAACUCAUGGAACCCAAUGCGGGAAAACAUAUUCUGCUCACAAGGUGAAUACAAAUACUGCAACAUUCAAAGAUGGUGGUAUGUCUCAUUCUGAAGGUGGCUGGCCAAAAGAUUUAAAUGUGAAAGACACAGAGCAAGUAGUUCGUUACAAGCGUAAAAUAGAAAAGGAUGAAUUGUAUAUUCACACCAUGCUCCAGUUAUUACCUCCAAUGGAACAUUGUAUAUUACAAAACAACACUUGUAACAUUUAUGAACAGUACUUUAGUUACAUGGAACCUGUUUCAUUAACGCAGAGAGCCUAUUCACGCACAGUUAAUGUAUAUAGAGAUGUUUUACCAAUGAAAAGACAAAUAACACAUCUUUCUUGGUCGCCGGAUCAGGGCAAUUAUUUUGCUGCCAGUUACUGUAACACCGAUUUCAAGAAAAAAGCAAAUGAUAAUCCAGUGUCAUAUAUUUGGGAUGUAGAAAAUCCAAAUACUCCAUGUAUGUCAUUAAAACCAUUCUGUCCAAUUUUAACAUUGGAAUACAAUCCUAAGGAUUGCAAUGUAUUAGUAAGUGGAUUAACAACCGGUCAGGUAGCUUGUUGGGACAUCAGAAAGGGAUCUGAACCAGUUGAAAUAAGUCCGAUAGAAUUUAGUCACAGAGAUGUAUGCAAUAAAGUUUUGUGGAUCAAUUCUAAAACUGGUACAGAAUUUUUUAGCGCUUCUAAAGAUGGUCAGAUAAUGUGGUGGGAUACUAGGAAAUUGCAGAAGUCAACAGAAACGUUAGUGAUAGAUUUAUGCAAACCUGAAGACCAAAAUGUCGAUAAUGCAAUUGGAAUUUCUGCAUUACAGUUUGAACCAUCGAUGGGUACACGAUUCAUGUGCGGAUUAGAAAAUGGUGUAGUAAUCUCGGGAAAUCGUAAAGGUAAAACUCCGAGUGAAAAGAUUGCAACUAGAUUCAAGGCGCAAUAUGGGCCUGUUAUAGGAUUGGAAAGGAAUCCAACAUUUGUGAAAAAUUUUAUUACUAUUGGUGAUUGGACGACUAGGAUAUGGUCCGAGGAUUGUAAAGAAUCUUGUAUCGCUUGGACACCUGGACACAGAAAUUUCUUAAUGGGAGGAGCAUGGAGUGUAACAAGAUUUUCAGUAUUUUUUUUAAUAAAAAUGGAUGGAACUUUAGACGUAUGGGACUUACUAUUUCAACAAGAUUCUCCUAUUCUGAGUAUAAAGGUUUGCGAUGAAGUUCUAACAUGUAUACGACCUCACGAACAAGGACAAUUAGCUGCAGUUGCUAAUAAAAAAGGAACAACAUUUUUGCUAGAGUUCUCAGAAGCUCUGACAACAAAUCAGAAAAAUGACAAGCUUUUGUUCACUACACUACUCGAUAGAGAAACACGCAGAGAGAAGGUGAUAGAAGCUAAGAAUAGAGAAUUGAGAUUGAAAAUGAAAUCUCUUCGAAAUACCAAUAUUGAAAUUGAUUAUUCUACAGGAGGUACAAAAAUCGAUGAAAAAUUAGAUUCAAAACAUUCAAUUUCAGACACUCAUGACGCAGUAUUAAAAAUUUGCGAACAAGAAUACGAGAAUGCUAUAGAAACAGUGAGUACAAUUAAAAUUUGUGUAAAAAUUGUUGUCAUAGGUUGCGCUGAAAUUAAAAUAUUGACCGAAUUUUGUUAGGAAAUUGCAAGGCAAACGAAAAAAGAUAAUGAAGAAUUAAAUGACAAACAUCUAACGAAUGG